AAUCCUAAAAACAAGGCAGCUUCUUUCUCCGCCGCGCAAGCUCAAUUCCUCUGGCUUUGACGGUUGCAGUCUGUAGCAGAAAAGCUGACAUGGCGAAGAAGGAGGCGGGUGUGGAAGAGGAUGACGUGGAAUCGUUUUUAGCGAGUUUGGAUCCUGAAUGCGAAUACUGCCCUCCCCAGCUGGUGCAGAAGCUGUUAGAGUCGAGAGCAAUCGGUUGCAUCACCGCACUUCUGGAUCGCAAAGUCGCUCACAAUCAGCUCGAUCUCCGCCGUCGACUAGCAAACGGCGAAAGGCCGAUGUGCAAGGCUGCUAAGCUAGGGUUUCAUCAGGGGUUGCAGCUUUUUCUUCGCCAUCGGAUUCAUCCCAGGGAUAAUUUCUUGCCCGACGGCUGGGAUUCCUUCACCAAUAUUCCUAAGGAUGAAUAUGGGGGUGAAGUCAUCGACUUGGCAUUCGAGGCAAGUUGCGAGGAAAGGAAGAAGAAGCUGGGUGAAGAAAUUACGCUCUCUCAGUUGAUCCUCUGGCUGCCGGAAUGGAUCUCCGAGCCCGGCAAUUUUGCCUGGUGGCACACCGUGAAGCUGCUGGGACGCACCUGUUCCAUUAACAUCGAGUCGAAAGCCUUCGAGUAUGCAGUCAAUGGCCAGGCGAUACAGCUGCUCUGGCUUCUGCUUGUAGUCCCUGAUCGAGUUCUCUCCCCGACAUUCUUUCGCGCCAUACCAAUGUUUAAGGAUCGUCUGGAGCUUUUCUCCCUCCGCGAUUUCCUUACCGCUCAGCUAGCAGUCGUGACCGCUGACAGCCUCACCAUUCGACACCACGAUCCCAGCCAAAUGAGCAACAAGUCGUCGUCUUUGGAGUUGAAGAGGUUGAUUCUUGCCACUUCACUGCGAUUACUUGAAGUCUUUCACAGAGCUGGCCCGCAGUUGUCUUUCUUAGUGGCCACCUUAGAAAAGGAGCAUCUUUCGAAUAUCCCAAUUGCAAAACAGGUCAAGACUGUGUUAGAGGGAGCUGGGUUCCCCUUGACUUCUCUGGAUUGCCCUAUUAUAUCACAUCCCUAUCAUUCAGAGAUUAAAGACUAUGCCAGUGCAAGCCAUAAAGAAGCAUAUCUCGAAUUGGUCUUCUUGAUUCGACCGGUGAAUGUUUGCAGAAGUGAAGUCCUUGGUUCACGAUUCAGUAGGGCUAUUGGGAAGUUGUGCCAUCAUCCUUAUCUGAAGGAAUGGAGCCCCCAAAGUUCUGUUUUCAAGUUGCUUUUCAUAUUUUGCCUCCCUGACUUGGUAGAAAAGAUGCAAUGCAUGCUGCAGUUACAGCUUAAGCAUCGUAACCCUGCAAAGGUCAUCUGUCCCACCUAUCUUGCCGAAUUAUGUUUCAUCUAUAUGACAGAGGGGCGCAUUGUUGAGUUCACAGCUGCUCUAAUGGCCGUACAAAUUCUUCUUCGGCUGGACCAUCCACUAAUUCCUCAAAUGUCUUUCCAUAUAGUGGGCAAUAAAAAGUCUCUCCCAACUGUUUAUGAAUACUUACUGCAUCAAUUGAAGAAAGUGCUUGACGAAGAAAUCUCCUUAACCGGAAAAAGCGAGGACAGUGUUACUGUUCAGCUUGUCAAGGAGAAACAAUCGGUGAUUUCUUCUGCAUUAUUAUUAACAAAGAUAUUCGAAAGGUCUGCACAACAUAUAAAUUGGUAUCUUCACUCAGCAAGAUAUGAGGUAAUACAAGAACAUGGGGAUUUGAAGCUGAUUGUAGAUGAUGUUGCUUCCUUUCUUGAAGAGUCGGGCUUUUUGUUAACAUCUCAGGACAUUUGUGUGAAUCACAUGGAGUGUUUCUCAAGCAAAUCAAGUGUUAGCAAAACUGAGUUAAAAGGAGAUUCAUGGCUGUUUGGGCCACAUAUGCAGAGAGCUUCAUGUGUAAAGGAGAAGAAAGCAACUGGAGUGUCGAAGGCAAUAAUGUCAGCCGGAAACAUCAAAUCUUCUUUGCUUGUUGGUUCAUCCAUUAACAAGCUUUCAGCACGCUCUUAUCACUCAUUCCCAAUGCUGAGGUAUGGAGCAUCUAAGGGCGUCUUGGUGCCUACACAGGAUGGGGUCAAUUUAUUAACGAAAGGGGCCGAGUCUGCAAGAUGGUCAGAUUCUAUAUUGAGAAAGAGCUCGAGGUGUUUGGCAAUGACUAGGAGAAUAAUUUUGCGUCUGUAACUUUACCAGGGGCUUUGCUUUUGUUGUAGUAGUAGUAGUCGUCGUUGUCACUUAAUAGACUUUGGGAAUAGACCAGGUUGAUCUAUUGUUCCUAGAACAUCAGAAAAAUAAGGGCAUGUAUAUUAUCAUAACAAUAUGGGUUUAUUAUCAGAGUCUCCUAACUAAUUGUUUCCCAAUUGGGCUAACGAUGCUGUAGCCGAGUGGUCAUGCCGCUGAUUUUCAGUUUAAAACCCCUAAAUUCGAAUCCUAAAGACGAUGCACAUCGUCCCUCGCCUCACCCCUCUAGUAGCAUUUGUUGUAAUAGAUUUAUGGCCAGAAAUAGAGUUUCCCGGCUUUCUUUCAUUUGUAUUAACCAUUUUAUAAUCGAGAUAAAUUAAGGUUGUUUUCAAUGCACUCACCUUUCGGGUGCCUGCUAUGCAUCCACCUCAUAAUUGUCAUUUUGAGCUGCUGAUUCAUGUUAAAACAAUGUCAAAUGUCGCUUGUGAUAUGAUGGACAAGAAAAUCCAUGAAUUUGC